CUCGGAUUGUGCGGUCUCGCGUUCGACGGCAGAGACAUCGGCGCGCCCGAGCUAAACUAAAGAUGUUCGUCGAGUUCGGCUCUAUUUUCUGUUUAAAAUUUACCUAAGCACUCGGCGGCGCGUCGUCACGCCAAACGACCCUGCGAGUGAGCGAAGCCCACAGCGUUCAGAGGUUGCGACUCUCGCACCGGUUCUGCUAGCCGGCUGUGGGAAUGGAUUUUGAAAGCCCUGACGUCGAGAAAGACUUUCCAGGGCUUUACGCGUCCGAGGCGGUUGGGAAAGGACAGGAGCGAGAUGUCACCUAUAGUGAUGAUGAAAAGGUCUCGAAGAAGGAACUCCUGAUUGGCAAGCUCAAGGAUAAAAAGGACAAGAAGGACAAGGGAUAUGUUGCAUUUGAAGGGGAAAGCUCAGAAGGAGAAAUGGAUGAGUCACGCGGCAAGAACAAAAAGAGUAAGGCUCCGUUCAAGUUUCCUGGAAAGGAAAAGAAGGAAAAAUCUCAAAAAAACAAGGAAAGCAUCAAGCUGAAAGACUCCAAAGACGCCAAGAAAGAUGCAGAGAAAGACAACAAGGAUUCAAAAAAGAAAAAGGAGAGCAAGGUGAAACUUGUCAAGAAAAAAAAGAAGGCAGAAAAGGCUGAGGAUCCUAUUUUUGGCGUUCCCUUACUGACUGCGCUUGAAAAGAACCCAUCUGAUGAUGGCAUUGAGUUGCCUGCUAUUGUGCGGGAGUGCCUUGACUACAUUGAAGAACAUGGUCUGACCUGUGAGGGCAUCUACAGAAUGUCUGGUGUGAAGUCAACCGUACAGCAGCUUCGGGCAGCCUACAACCGGCACGAGCAGGUCUGCCUGAGUGAGCAUGGGCCUCAAGUGGUGGCCAGCCUGCUGAAGCAGUUCCUCCGUGAGCUGCCAGACCCUGUGCUCACCAGCGAGCUGGGCCCAAAGUUUGAGGAAGCUGCUGCCAUCAAAGAUGAGACAAGACGAGUGGAAACCAUCCAGAAGUUGAUUGAGCAGCUGCCCACACCUAACCGGCUCCUGCUGUCGUGGGUGUUUGUACAUAUGACCAACGUUAUCCGCAUGGAGAAGCACAACAAGAUGAACCUGCAGAAUGUCUCUGUUGUGCUGAGCCCGAGCAUGCAGAUCAGCCACAGGGUUCUCCACGCUUUGUUCUCACAUGCACCAAUUUUCUUCAAGGAUGUGAAAAUCGUCAAAUAUGUGAAGAAGAUCCAACCCGACUCGUCUCGUCAAUCCUUGGACCUGCCUGAGACACCAGCAGCCAUAGAGGAGGAGCUGAGCCAGCAGGAGCAAGUGCUGAGUGAAAUCCAUGCCGAGCUCAACGCGGGCCUCCGGGAUCCACAGAAAGAAGAGCAGCUCUGGGAGGUGCAGCGCGUCGUGACACAGCUCAAGCGUAAGUUGCGUGUCUUGCGACAAGUGAAGAAGGUUCCCGUGGAGCCCACGCGAACAGACUCUAUUGAAAAGAUUGACACACGGCUUCGACUACCAGCGGCUGCGGAACCACCAGCUCUGCCGCAGCCGCCACCCGAAACUGUGGUGACACCGGUCGUCGCUCCUCCUCCUCCUGCCGAGCCAGCCCCUGCCAAGGAUUCCUCAAGCGAACAGCCAAAAGCCACAACGGCCAAGUCUGCCCUCAUUAGCCAAGUCCAAACUGAAGUGCCAGCAGCUUCCGAAAUGGAGAGAGUUGUGCCAUCGAUUCCACAUCAGCCCAUCCCAAAGGUGGCACCAAUCGUAUCGGCAGCUCCUUUGCAAGAGGCAGUCGUAGUUCAUCAGGAUGAUGUCGUCGGCAGUGGAGAGAUGCAUGCCACUGGUGAUCUCAAGGAAGAGGGAUUUGAGAAACCUGCGACUGAAGAGGCCGCAUUAGAAGCUUCGGCAGAGUUGCUGGCGGCUCUGCGCCCCAAGCUUCCCGAGGAAGAGACUGAUCCUGAGAUGCAGCAGCUGCGGCGUGAGGAGCUGGAGCUGCUGGUGCAGCAGGAGGAGCUGCUCUCACUGGGUGACGAGCUGCGCCGCAAGAUUGCUGCGGAGCGCACUGAGGCUGAGCGUCUGCGCAGUGAGAUCGACGAGUAUGAGAAGCUGGCCAAGUACAAGCAGUACUCUGUUGAGUCGGCAGAUGGCAGCAGCUCUGGAACCGAAGGAAGUGAGAGUGAUGGUGAAGAAGAACUUAAACAAGAACUUGCUCAGCUUAUGGAAGAAAACAAGCAUCUCUCGGAACACGCAAUGGACCUGAGCCAGAAGAUCUUGAAAGAACGGGAGGCUUGUGUUGAGAUCAAGGUCAAGAUGCGCUUGCUCCAAAACGAAGCCAAGAUGCUGAAAGUCUAACCAGGCUGAUCAAUCUCUCUUCAUAGGGUGACACACUGAACACGGAACAGCCAUGCUGAUUCUUGCUGUCAGAAGCAUUCGUACUACUGCCAAACGUCUCGCAAAAAUUCAUUCCACUAAUUUCUCACACCUUGAAUUCUCUCUCUCAUUUUCAUGCUUAAUUUGCUGCCUGUUUUGCUGUCCCCUCUGUGUACUGUGUCAUUUAUUCUUGGCUUGGAUGCAUAGUCAGCGCUCAUGCAAAAAUGAAUGAGAAAAGCGUUUUUGUUGAUGCCUGUAAAUUUUAGUGCUACUGUAUUAACACAAUACCAUGAAGCUGCAGACUGCAGCACUGGCAGUAACGUCUUGCUAUGCUGUGCUCAACCAUACCGCAGGUAUUCUGUGUCUGUGUGCUCUUAUCUGCUGUCAUAAAUGCUUUGGCAGUGACGAAAACCUGCCAAUGCUUUACCUAUCCCCACCAGGAUAAGAAUGAAAGAUAAGAACUAUGUUCUGGCUUGAACACAGGGUCACCAGACGUUGCCACUAGCACUGCUUUUCGCACUCCUGGUAUUUAGCUAAAAUGGGAACGCUAAAAUGUAUAUUGUACUGGCUAAAGUUGUUCAGUGACUUUUAUAUAGAAACAGCAUUGCUGCAAAGAGAAAAAAGCCAAUUAACGUCUGUGAUGCUGCAAGCUGUGUGUAUCAAGAUGUAUUGGUAGAUUCCUGUAGUUCUUGUGUGCCUUGCAUUCUCAUUUGCAUACAAAGUAGUUGACAUUCUGGCUCUGCAUGGCAAGCAUGCUUGUGAUCUCAAGCUAGUAAAUUUGGCCUAAUGUUUUUAUACAUUUUGAACAUAUGCUUUGUUCGGUAUCGCCCCAACUAAGGAACACUGUCUUGAUAGAAACAGAAACGGGACAAAUACUGUUCAUUGCAAGUCCUCACUAUUAGGUGGCUCAUUGCUUUAAGCAUGUAUCAAACGUCAAACCAAGUGAUAGCCUGGGCUUCGCUAGUGAAAAUGACUGCACUUUUUGUGCUGCACGUUAGGGCAACAUAAUUUCUCAUGAGACAUUUCUUUGUGAUGUAACACUUGCUUCUCAAGCGAAUAGGAGAUGCCAAUAAUAGCAUGAGACUUGCAGUGCUUUUUCAUUUUCACAUUCUGCAAGGAGUUUCUUGCCAAUAGAUUGGACCCAAAGCAUGUGCGAGGACUAGUCUAGCACAGAUGCCAGCAAUGCCAUGUUGGUCACUUGGUCAUUAACAGCACCUGCUAGCAGCAAACAUAACUAGCACUCACUUAGCUAACUGCAAUUGAAGCAUUGUAUGCAUAUAAUUCGGACUUACUGUCAGCAGAUGCUGGCUUGCUGUGCUGUUGGUAUGAGGCAAUACAGUUGAAUGCCUUUACAACGAAGUGCUUGGAGCCUCCAAAGUCAUUUGUUAUACAGGUCACUUGUAGUAAAGGUAGCGCAUCACACAGCUCACAAUAGAACUGGGGCAGAAUUAUUCCUUUGUUAUACAGGUCAUUUUGUUGUAGAGGCAUUCAUUGUAAAGGUGCUUGACUGUAUAUAGCACAUGUUUCAGCAAGACCGUUUCCACUUAUCAAAGAUAGGGAAUUGGAGACAAAAUUAUAAUUUAGACAUCAUAGUUUGUGAUAAUCCGAAUGAUGUAUUAACUAAUCGAUGUUUUAAAUAUUUUAGAGCACUGGUUUGAAUUGCAAUAUUGGAGCCAGCAAGGCAUAUCUGCUUGGUAGGAAUUUAGAGAACUGCGAACUAUUUAGGUUUGUGUUAAUUUUGAAGACCUGCCACAAGAUGCACGUCCUGCACAUUUAUGUAUGUCUGCAGUGCUUAAGGAAUGCUUUCUGGGAAAAUGAUGAGUAGCAUUCCACUGCAAAUGACUGAGGUCUGGAAAUGAUGGAGUGACGGAGCUCUGGGAACUGUCGCUAAAGUUUUAAUUUCUUCUUGGAAGACAUAACACCAGCAGUGGCAGCCUUGAAUUCCACAGUUACAAUAUGUGCACUGAAGUUAGUUAUUCAGAAUGUCAACUAGCCAAGAUUCUUUACAGAACCCAUAGGUGUUUUUUGUGCAUAUUCUGAUCUCCACUAUUGCUGUGAAUCUCGGCCAGCGAAAGUUGUCGUUUCGUCACAAAUACAAUUUUUUUUUACGAUUAUGGGAACCUGAUGUCACUGAAACGCACCGUAUGCUUCAUAGUGCUGGCAUCUGCUCAAGCGAGUUCUUGACUUCAAACCUCAUGGCUACAGUAUACCAGAUCUCGGCACCUUCCAAAAUGGAGGAGCAUUAGGAAAAAGCAACGUCUCAUUGCAGUGUAGUUGGCAUGCGGAAAUUUCAAGGGGUGCAUGCCCCAUUGUUCAGACUGCUGUUGUGACUAGUAAAUGUUUAUUAAGGCUUCCAUGCCUUGUAUGAUGUAGUCAUUGGUUACCCUCAGUUGUCGUUACAUGCAGCUUGAAAUAUGAGUAAAUGCUGGUCUCAAAGGUAAACUGUGCUUCACAAAUGCCAAUUUAUGUUGCGUGCACCAACUUGCUCUAUUUCACUCAUCUCUGGCCAUGUACAAGGAAGGCUCCAGUAAUCCUGGAAGCCUGUUGUGACUGCAUUUAUUUAUUUAUUACUUUUGAAGGAGUUACGGUAGUGUGGUGAGACGAUAGCAGUUGGGUCUUACUCACUUUUCUGCUUGUGGCUUCAAAAAGGCUUUCAACUUAGCUUGUUUCAUGUUUUUAGGCCACUGUGUGCAAGUUGGUAGCAAGACUUCUUCCAAGCAUGGUUUGUUGAGUGUGGAUAUAGUUUAUGAUGGACAGGAUGUUAAUAAAUCUCUGUUUGUAAAUA